CGUGAAUUCCCCGUUGUUCAGACUCCGGCCACAUAAACCCCAAUUAGCCCGGACGGUGACCUGGCAUCCAGACACAUUUCAUCGGGAAACUCAUUUGGAAGUCUUUUACAAGAAUCUUUCGCAAUUAGAACGAAAACCCUCAGCGCCCCUCCUGCUGCUGGAGGAAGGACCGUCCUGCAUGGUCUGGGUCUCAGGCAGAGCAGCUCGGUCUGCAAACCCCAAAUUCUGGCACAGAUUUACCACGCAUGUGAUGGCCCCGGCUUAUCAGUGCUGUGCUUCAUGCGCUAUGAUAUCCUGGAGUAUUUCAGCAUCUACGGGACAGCUCUGUCCAUCUGGGUGUCCCUGAUGGCCCUGGCUGAGUUCGACGAGCCGAAGAGGUCGACCUUCGUCAUGUUCGGCGUGCUCACCAUCGCCGUGAGGAUCUACCACGACCGCUGGGGCUACGGCGUCUACUCGGGACCCAUCGGGACCGCCGUCCUGGCGAUCACUGUGAAGUGGCUACAAAAGAUGAAGGAGAAGAAGGGGCUGUAUCCAGACAAGAGCGUCUACACCCAGCAGAUCGGUCCUGGCUUCUGCUUCGGGGCGCUAGCGCUGAUGCUGAGGUUCUUCUUUGAGCACCCACCACCAAGCCCAGCAGCUCCCACUAACGCUCUCCCGUUGCAGGAGUGGGACUACACCUACGUGCACAGCUUCUACCACUGUGCCCUGGCCAUGGCCUUCGUGCUGCUGCUGCCCAAGGAGAACAAGAAGGCCGGGGGUGCUGGCACCCCUGCCAGGCUGGACUGCUCCACGCUCUGCUGCUGCGUCUGAGCCCCCGGCACCUGCCCCUGCGCCUGGGCACUGGAGGGCUGUGACCACGAGCAAGGUGCUGCCUGCUGUGCUCUCCUGGGGACCUUCUCUCACCAGCUCUAUGCACACCCUGGGCUUCGUCUUUCCACCAUCAUAACACCUUAUGCGUUUCCAGUUUGCCAAAUUCCUGUACUCCCUGGAGAAGCCCUUGUCAGGGAUGUGCUUCUGUCCUGUGGCGCAGCAGCAGGUGCUGGGGACCUUGGUGUCCCUCCGUGUGCUCUCAGCCACGUCACCUCCUGUCCCCUGUGCUGGCCCAGGAGGACCCGAGAUGUCCCCUAAUGCACGUUUGCCCAGCCUGAGCACACAAAGCUCUGUUUGUAAUGCCCGGGGACCAGAGCCUGUAUUUUUGUGAGAUAUUUCCUAUUUUAUUUAUGCACUCUCUCGAUGUAAAUAAUACUUAUCAGCAAAGACUCUU